CCUCUCCUUGUGCUGUGCUCCUUCAGUGUGAUACUCUGUAGAUAUACGUAAUAAAAAGGGGUUUUUAAAAUGCCUAUGAAAGGAAGGUUUCCCAUCAGGAGGACUCUGGAGUACCUCCAGAAGGGAGACAUCAUCUUUAAGAACAGAGUGAAGAUCAUGACGGUGAACUACAACACACACGGAGAGCUGAGCGACGGAGCAAGAAAGUUUGUGUUCUUCAAUAUUCCUCAGAUUCAGUACAAGAACCAGUGGCUCCAAAUAAUGAUGUUCAAAAAUAUGACACCGUCACCGUUCUUGAAGUUCUACCUGGACGAUGGGGAGCAAGUUCAGGUGGACGUGGAAGGGAAGGACCACAAACAAAUUUCACAACAUGUUAAGAAGAUUCUGGGCAAAUCAGAAGAGGUGUUACAAGCCGAGGCUCAAGCCAAGAUGCAGGCCUCCAACCCGGCCAACUUCGGCCCCAAAAAGUACUGUCUGAGGGAGUGCAUCUGCGAGGUGGAGGGCCAGGUGCCGUGUCCUGGCAGCACGCCGCUGCCCAGGGAGAUGACGGGAAAAUAUCGAGCCCAGAUGGCAGCGUCGCAGGAGUGAGAAGCCGAGGAGGAGAGCUGAGUACUGUAGAUUCACUGGACAAUAUUGAGGCACUGUGGUGUCGCGUUUUGAUUUUGUACGGCGGCAUAAAAGGACUACGGCAUUGCAGAUUUUGCUGUAACUCAAUGGUUCACACUGUGCUGUGCGUUGUGAGGACGUCCCAGGCUGGAGUGAGACCCUCCACUCCCUCCAGAGCAGCAGGAAACAACCAACACACCACAUUGUUCGGACACUUUGGUCUCGGUUUGGGAUGACUUGACGUCACAAAGUGUUUUUGUGUGAAGAAUCCACCCAACAGGAUGCGAUUUACAUAAAGCAAAGUGUCAACACUGCAAUGUAAACAUUCAAAUAAAAAAGAUU